AGGACAGCCAUGAACAGAUGGAUUCCAUCGUCAUACAUCGGAGACUUACAACCAAGAAGAAAUAUCGACCGAUAUACCAUAUAACGUCUCCGGAGGGAUGGAUCAGCAAUCCCACUGGAAUUGCUUUCUUCAAGCGGCAAUAUCAUAUAUUUUUUCAAUACCAUCCUUACAAUGGAGCAUGGGGCCACAUGAGUUGGGGUCAUGUGGUCAGCAAGAAUCUCAUAGAUUGGACCCACUAUCCAUCAGCAGUGAUGCCGAAGGACGUAUACGACCGAAAUGGCUGCUUAUCCGGAUCAGCCCUCGUUAUUAAUAACUUCCUAACUCUGUUUUACACCGGUCAUCUUGCCUCUUCGAACGAAGUGUUCCAAACACAAAAUAUAGCUACAAGUGGAGACGGGAUUAUCUUUAAGAAAUAUAUAUACAAUCCUAUUAUAAGACAGUCACCGAAUGGAGUUGGAGACUUUAGAAAUCCGAAGGUCUGGAGGUUUCGUAACCUCUGGUACAUGGUCGUUGGAACUUCAUCUAGGGAAAGAUUUGGAGAAUUGCUUUUAUAUUCAUCGACGGAUAUCUUUAAUUGGAAACUCAAUGGGACAUUUGUAAAAUCAUAUGGAGAUAUGGGUCAUAUGUGGGAGAAUCCCGAUAUAUUUGAAUUGGAUGGUCAACAUGUACUUAUCAUAUCAGUUCAAGGAAUAGAAGCUGAUGGAUUCAGGUUCAGGAAUUUGUACCAGACAGGAUACGUUGUGGGGACUUUUAACUAUAUGAAAGGAAAGUUUGAGGAUCUGGAAGUAUCUAUAGCGACUUUUUAUCAGUUAGAUUUCGGCCAUGACUUUUAUGGAGCAAAGACUUUGCUUGCCAGUGACGGGCGGAGAAUCUUGAUCGCGUGGCUGGGAAUGUGGGAGAGUGACUUCAUUGAAUCGACAUCAGGAUGGGCGAGCAUGUUGACGAUCAUAAGAGAAGUCCGUUUAAACAAAAGGGGACGCAUACUAAUGACGCCUAUCAGUGAAAUGGAGGAAUUGAGAGUGGAAAUAAUGGAAAACGCGUGGUAUUAUCCUGAAGAAUCUUUUCAGGCCGGAGCGAAAUCUUUUGAGUUGUUAGUUAAUUCGUCUUCCAUGUUAUACGAUACCGGACUAGUAUUUGAGUGGAAUUAUGGUACUUUUACGAUAGGCUAUUCAGCAGAACACGAGUACAUAAGCAUUGAUCGCGGAGGACCAGACGGAGUGAGAAGAGCAUAUUGGUCACCAAGUAAUCAUAUUUUUUUGCGGAUAUUCGUAGAUGUCAGUUCCAUUGAGAUAUUUUGUGGCGAAGGCGAGGUAGUAUUUUCGAGUCGCUUUUAUCCGAAAUCAAUGCGUAUAAAAGUAAUUGGAAAAUCUCAACUCCACAUCACUCAGCACAGAUUAAGACGUACUAUCGGUUACGACAAAGAACUAGUGAAUCGUUUGAAAGUCAGUUAGAACAUUAUUUAUGAAAGUUCAAAUAAUGCAGGAAAAAACUUUUGUCUUUAAGAAAUUAUAUAUGCUUAAACCCGUAAGGAAAUAUCUCAAAAAUAUGGUAGGAAAGUAAAAAAGGAUAUAUUUUUUAUUAUUACACUAAUAUAUGAAGUGUAAAGAUACGUGAUUUCCUGGAAUGUCUUUAUCUUGGGAAUCCACCUGAUACGUUGUGGGUAUAAAGAAUCAGAACAUAUGUAAUGGGAAUCCCACCCUUCACUUUAUUUAGCUUAUCCUGUUAGCAAGCUAGUUAUAGGAACGUGAGUAAAAGUUACCAAGAAUUUAAUAUCUCGAUUAAAAUACGUGUGCGGUUAAAAUAUACAGAUGUUAUUUUUAAAUCGUUCUAGUCUACUUCUAUUUUUGCUCUAUGAAUUAAGAAUUAAUUACAAUAACACCUACGAAAAAUAGUCUUAUGAUUAUUUUGACAUUUAUUUUUCUGUUCUCCUUGGUAAAUAAUAGUGAUCUCCAAUAGUAAUGUUACAAUCUCAUCGCCACACUAUGUGCGAUGCGUUUCCAGUUUUUUACUCACCUGCACAAGUCAUAACUCCAUAUGCAGUGUGACAAUGUAAACUUAUGGUAAGAAUAUCACAGUUAAAAUUUAAGUUUUGAACUCUAGUGUAAAUGUUGCCAUUACACCCAUUACUAUUACCACUCAAUUUCCAUCCAUCGUCAAUUAAUUUAGGUAUAGAAUGUAUUAAGAUGUUGCAAAACGUAAAUCUUUUGUUACAAAGAUUUAACUCUUUUCGGUCUUGGUUAAUGUUGUCGAUGUUAUCUCGUACUAAGCAUUCAAAUAGAUUCAAUGCAUAAUAACAAAAAUUAUAAUAAUCUUCAUGCUCUCCAGUCUCCACUAAAACUAGUGUUAAGUUUGGUAAACAAAAUUCAAACCGAUAUGUUCAAAAGUUUCUUAUAAUUUAUAACAUGUAUGCAAUAAAUAUCUAGUAACAAA